CCCUGAGAGGCGUGCAGGUUAGGGAGGGAGGGUCAGAGGUCGCCGGGCCAGAAUGCGUUCCCGUGUUGCUAUGUAGUGGAGGGACACGUUCCCUCCUGCAAAUUCUGGAAGGUUCUUGAGUUCACUUAGGAGAGUGGCUGCGGAAUUCCUGGUCUCCGGCCCGAGGCGCCCGCUGGCGGAGCAGAGGCGCCGAGGGCGCUGCCAUGUUUGGCUGCCUGGUGGCGGGGAGGCUGGUGCAAACAGCUGCACAGCAAGUGGCCGAGGAUAAAUUUGUUUUUGACUUGCCCGAUUAUGAAAAUAUCAACCAUGUUGUGGUUUUUAUGCUGGGAACAGUUCCAUUUCCUGAGGGGAUGGGAGGAUCUGUCUACUUUUCCUAUCCUGACUCAAAUGGGGUGCCAGUAUGGCAGCUCCUGGGAUUUGUCACGAAUGGGAAGCCAAGUGCCAUCUUCAAAAUAUCAGGUCUUAAAUCUGGAGAAGGAAGCCAGCACCCGUUUGGAGCCAUGAACAUUGUGCGGACCCCAUCUGUUGCUCAGAUUGGCAUUUCGGUGGAAUUGUUGGACAGUCUGGCUCAGCAGACUCCUGUGGGCAGUGCUGCUGUGUCCUCGGUUGACUCAUUCACGCAGUUCACACAGAAGAUGUUGGACAACUUCUACAAUUUUGCUUCAUCGUUUGCUCUCUCUCAGGCCCAGAUGACACCAAAUCCAUCUGAAAUGUUCAUCCCGGCAAAUGUGGUUCUGAAAUGGUAUGAAAAUUUUCAAAGACGACUAGCACAGAACCCUCUCUUUUGGAAAACAUAACUUGAAUAAAAUAAUUUGUCAUGUCAUUUAAAAGCAUGAAUCAAAGGGGUCAUGAAGCCUACCUUUCGAAACUGCUUAGUGACUAUGAAACUUACACAAAAUCCUUAUGAACAUUAGAUACUUUGGACAAAGAAAAUGUUCAGUAUUAGUUACCUUUUCCCUUAUAAGUGUGAAAUACUUCUCGGAGGCAAACAUUUUGUAUCGGCUGUCAUUCAUUUCUUAAAUAAAUCCUACUCACAGUAGUAGUAUUUGAAAUACCA